UUUCAAUUAUAUUAUAUUUAUCAAAAGAAAAAUCCCCAAAUUUCUCACAAUUUCACCCCACACUCUAUACGCACACAUCAUUAUAUCUAUACAUCUAGAGAGAGAAAGGAAGGCAAAAUCUGAGUUCUUUCUUUCUACCUUUUUUGAUUGCACCAAUCGUCGUUUGUGUAUAUAUAUGCAGACACUGAAAAAUGGUUGAAUCUGAAUCCAAUCCUCUGCGAUCUUCUUCGUCUCCUUAGCUCGAGAUCGCUUUUAUGUCAAAUGAAGUGAAAAGGAAGGAAGAGGCUGAGGAUUAGUUGAUCUCCCGUUUGAUUUCUGGUCGCCGAUUAUCUGUUUGAUUUAUUGUUGAUUAUUGGGAAGAAUGGACAGUGGUGAUGGUGGAGAGGUGGUAUCAGCUGCGGCAGGGCCACCCAGCCCGCUGGAAUGGAAAUUCUCUCAGGUGUUCGGAGAGCGUGCGGCCGGCGAGGAAGUGCAGGAAGUGGAUAUCAUCUCUGCCAUUGAGUUUGAUAAAACCGGUGACCAUCUGGCUACUGGUGAUCGUGGUGGGAGGGUGGUAUUAUUUGAAAGGACAGAUACAAAAGAGUAUGGUGGUAAUAGAAGAGAUUUAGAAAGAAUGGACUGCCCCGUUACUAGACACCCAGAGUUCCGUUACAAAACUGAAUUUCAGAGCCAUGAACCUGAGUUUGAUUAUCUCAAGAGUUUGGAGAUUGAGGAGAAGAUAAACAAGAUUAGGUGGUGUCAGACGGCUAAUGGGGCCCUCUUUCUUCUUUCGACCAACGACAAGACCAUCAAGUUUUGGAAGGUCCAAGAGAAGAAAGUUAAAAAAAUUUCUGAUAUUAAUGUGGAGCCAUCAAAAGCUGGCGGAAGUGCUGGUAUUGCAAGUUCCAGCAUUUCUUCUACUUCAAAGCCGUUCCUUACUAAUGGUGACUGUUCUGUUCAAUCUUACAAUUCUUUGAGCAAUGACUUGUCAUUUCCACCUGGAGGGAUCCCUUCUCUGCGAUUACCAGUGGUCACAAGCAGUGAGACCAAUCUUGUUGCAAGAUGUAGGAGAGUGUAUGCUCAUGCGCAUGACUAUCAUAUCAAUUCUAUUUCAAAUAACAGUGAUGGCGAAACAUUUAUAUCGGCUGAUGACCUCCGAAUAAACCUCUGGAACUUGGAAAUAAGCAAUCAAAGUUUCAAUAUCGUUGAUGUGAAGCCAGCAAAUAUGGAGGAUCUGACUGAGGUGAUAACAUCAGCUGCGUUCCAUCCUACUCAUUGCAACAUGUUAGCAUACAGUAGUUCAAAAGGAUCAAUCCGUCUUAUUGAUUUACGACAAUCUGCAUUGUGCGAUUCACAUUCUAAACUAUUUGAGGAGCAGGAGGCGCCUGGCUCGAGGUCAUUUUUCACUGAGAUAAUUGCUUCGAUUUCAGAUGUUAAGUUCGCUAGGGAUGGAAGAUUUAUAUUGAGCCGUGAUUACAUGACCCUUAAGUUAUGGGAUAUUAAUAUGGACUCUGGUCCAGUGUCAACCUUCCAGGUUCAUGAGUAUCUGAGACCUAAGCUGUGUGAUUUGUAUGAAAAUGAUUCCAUAUUUGACAAAUUCGAAUGUUGCCUGAGUGGCGAUGGUCGUCGAGUGGCUACUGGUUCUUACAGCAAUCUAUUUCGUAUAUUUGGAUGUGCUUCGGGUAGUACUGAAGCAACUACUCUUGAAGCUAGCAAAAAUCCAAUGAGAAGGCAAGUUCAGACGCCCUCUCGGCCUUCCAGAUCCCUGACAAGUAGCAUUUCUCGUGUUGUAAGGCGAGGUGCAGAAAAUCCCGCAGUCGACACUAAUGGAAAUUCCUUAGAUUUCACAACAAAGCUGCUCCACUUGGCAUGGCACCCAUCAGAAAACUCGGUUGCUUGUGCUGCAGCAAACAGUUUGUACAUGUACUAUGCAUGAAAAGGAAAAAUCCAGGUAAACCAUUUUUGGUCUGCUACUCAAGAAGAUAUGCUNCAUUUA